GAGUGUCCGUGUCCGCCUGGAGAAUGCCUGAAAGGCCCAUGGGAGGCAGGGUCUUGGGCCUGGGUCUCCCCUGCGGGAAAGGGGAUGCAGCCGUGACCCUCUUCUCUUUCUCCCCUGCAGGAGGACGGAGGAUGGCGGCGGAUGCAGGAAAGAGGCGCCGCCUGAGAGGAGGAGGAGGAGAGCGGGACCUGCAGAGCAGCCCUGCCCGGUCCCGGCGCGGCUUCCCCGGGAGACAGUGGGGAAAGGCCGGGGGCUCCGGGGCUGCAGGAGGGAGGAGCCCAGGGGAGGAGGAAACGGGCGGAGACCCCGAGACGGACCUGCAGGGCGGAGGCUCCUUCGGAAGACUCCGAAAGUCUCAAAGGAUCCAGGAGGGAGGAAAGGAACAUCAGUGCCCGGAAUGUGGAAAAACCUUCAAAACAAACGGAAAUCUUGAAAACCAUUUAAAAAUCCACACAGCAGAGAAACCAUUUAAAUGCCCGGAAUGUGAAAAAUCCUUCAGAACAAAUGGACGUUUUGAAAACCAUCUAAAAAACCACUCAGUUGGAAACCGAUAUCAAUGCCUGGAGUGUGGAAAGAGCUUCAGUCAGAGGGGAGAUCUUUAUAGACAUCAAAGGAUCCACACAGGAGAGAAACCACAUAAGUGUCUGGUAAGAAAGGAUGGCGGCGGAUGCAGGAAAGAAGCGGCGGCCGAGAGGAGGAGGAGGAGAGCGGGCCCUGGCAUGGCUUCCCCGGAAGACGGCAGGGAAAGGCCGGGGGGCUCCGGGGCUGCAGGAGGGAGGAGCCCAGGGGGAGCCCGGGAAAGGCGGCUGCCUGGAGGGCGAUGCGGGGAGGAGGAAACAGGCGGAGACCCCGAGACGGGGCUGGAGGGCGGAGGCUCCUUUGGAAGACCCCGAAAGCCCCAGAGGAUCCAGGAGAAAGCAAAGAAACAUCAGUGCCUGGAAUGUGGAAAAACCUUCAAAACAAACGGAAAUCUUCAAAGGCAUCUAAUUAUCCACACAGGAGAAAAACCUAAGUGCCUGGAGUGUGGAAAGAGCUUCAGUGAUAGGAGCAACCUUUAUACACAUCAAAGAAUCCACUCAGGAGAAAAACCUCAUAAAUGCCUUGAGUGUGGAAAGAGCUUCAGUCAGAGGAGCGACCUUUAUAAACAUCAAAGGAUCCAUUCUGGAGAGAAACCUCAUAAGUGCCUGGAGUGUGGAAAGAGCUUCAGUCAGAGGAACGACCUUUAUAAACAUCAAAGGAUCCAUUCUGGAGAGAAACCUCAUAAGUGCCUGGAGUGUGGAAAGAGCUUCAGUCAGAGUAGCCACCUGUAUACACAUCAAAGGAUCCACUCAGGAGAAAAACCUCACAAGUGCCUGGAGUGUAGAAAGAGCUUCAGUCAGAGUAGCCACCUGUAUACACAUCAAAGGAUCCACUCAGGAGAAAAGCCUCAUAAAUGCUUUGAGUGUGGAAAGAGCUUCAGUGAGAGGGGACAUCUUUAUAGACAUCAAAGGAUCCACUCGGGAGAAAAACCUCAUAAGUGCCUGGAGUGUGAAAAGAUCUUCACUCAGAGGAGCAACCUUUAUACACAUCAAAGGAUCCACUCAGGAGAAAAACCUCAUAAGUGCCUGGUGUGUGGAAAGCGCUUUAAUCGGAGGAGCGACCUUUAUAAACAUCAAAGGAUCCAUUCUGGAGAAAAACCUCAUAAAUGCCUUGAGUGUGGAAAGAGCUUCAGUCAGAGGAGCGACCUUUAUAAACAUCAAAGGAUCCAUUCUGGAGAGAAACCUCAUAAAUGCCUUGAGUGUGGAAAGAGCUUCAGUCAGAGGAGCGACCUUUAUAAACAUCAAAGGAUCCAUUCUGGAGAGAAACCUCAUAAAUGCCUUGAGUGUGGAAAGAGCUUCAGUCAGAGGAGCGACCUUUAUAAACAUCAAAGGAUCCAUUCUGGAGAAAAACCUCAUAAAUGCCUUGAGUGUGGAAAGAGCUUCAGUCAGAGGAGUGACCUUUAUAAACAUCAAAGGAUCCACUCAGGAGAGAAACCUCAUAAGUGCCUGGAGUGUGGAAAGAGUUUCAGUCAGAGUAGCCACCUGUAUACACAUCAAAGGAUCCACUCAUGAGAAAAGCCUCAUAAAUGCUUUGAGUGUGGAAAGAGCUUCAGUGAGAGGGGACAUCUUUAUAUACAUCAAAGGAUCCACUCAGGAGAGAAACCUCAUAAGUGCCUGGUGUGUGGAAAGCGCUUUAGUCGGAGGAGCAACCUUUAUACACAUCAAAGGAUCCACUCAGGAGAAAAAUCUCAUAAGUGCCUUGAGUGUGGAAAGAGCUUCAGUCAGAGGAGAACCCUUUAUACACAUCAAAGGAUCCACUCAGGAGAAAAACCUCAUAAAUGCCUUGAGUGUGGAAAGAGCUUCAGUCAGAGGAGCGACCUUUAUAAACAUCAAAGGAUCCAUUCUGGAGAAAAACCUCAUAAAUGCCUUGAGUGUGGAAAGAGCUUCAGUCAGAGGAGCGACCUUUAUAAACAUCAAAGGAUCCAUUCUGGAGAGAAACCUCAUAAAUGCCUUGAGUGUGGAAAGAGCUUCAGUGAGAGGGGACAUCUUUAUAUACAUCAAAGGAUCCACUCAGGAGAAAAACCUCAUAAAUGCCUGGAGUGUGGAAAGAGCUAUACUGAGCGUAGUAGCCUCAAUCGACACCUAAGAAUUCACGUGGGAGAAAAAUGAUAAACACGCCUGAGUGUGCGAAGACCUUCAGUCACGGUAUAUCUCAGGAAUUGAAUUGUAUAUUUAUUUUGGCCAACUGUGAAUAGACACAUUAGGAAUUCACUUAGUGCAUAUUCAUGAUAAUUAUAAUAAUUCCAAUAUGAGGAAUUAUUUAUCUUUACUCCAAAUGUGUAAAGAAGACAAUAAGGGUAAAUAAUAACUGCCAAAUAAGGGACUUUCUCAGGCUGAAUAAUAAAGGACUGUUUCAAUUGUACAUGCUAGAUUUUUCAACUGGUCUAAAUUGUACCUUUUCACAAGAGACAUGCCAUUUCCCAUGUGAAUGUUCUUUUAAUGCUUAUGCUUAAUAUUAUGGGAUGUUACUGUCCGUGUCUCUGAUGUAAGUGUUAACUUGAGCAGGGUGAUUUCUUCCAUGCAAUCAGCUCUUGUUUUGUAUUUUUUUUUCUACUGUAUGGAGUAUACAAUGAAACCCGAUUCUGUGUCCUGGAUUCCCUCUUUUCAUUAAGGGAAAUCUCUUUGCUACAAUAUUCUAAUAAAUUGCCUUUAAAUUUACAGUCCCAGACUGUAUCUCAGGAAUUGAACUGAAUUGAAUUUUUAAUUUCGCCAACUGUGAAUAGACACACAAGGAAUUUUUCUCCAGUUCACAAGCUCUCAGUGUAUGUACAAAGCAUCAGAAUAAUUAUAUAAUUAUAACAAUUCGAAUAAGAGGAAUUAUUUAUUUAUCUUUUCUUCAAUUGAGUAAAGAAGGGUUAAUAAUAACUGCCAAAUAAGGGACUUUCUCAGGCUGAAUAAUAAAGGACUUUUUCUAUUGUCCCUGCCAUGAUGGAUGUGAAAUGACAGGUGCUCUUUAUUAGUAUAUUUAGAAGCUGCUUAGAAGGUUUCACUUCCAUUUUUACUGCUUGCCCUUCCCCCUCACACUUAGAGGCUGAGGGUACAGAUGCAUUUCUCUUGAAACAGUCAUACAGUUUGCAGUCUACAUACAGUAUAUUUGAAGAAAAAUGGGGAAAAGGAAUAUUCCUGCCCUUGCUUUAUGAGUUAUCUCAUGGUUACUGUGAAACUCUGUGGAUGUAUCAAUGCAGUGCAUGUUAUUUCAGCUUGCGGUGCUUGGAUUCAUUGAAUGAGUUUACCAAAAAUGUAAAUAUUGCAGAAUAUACAGCUUCAUGCUACAUAACUAAGCUCCAUUUCAACCUGAAUAAACUAAAUUAUUAAUGUAUCUUAAAUGGAAAAUUAUCUUUAUGAUUCUUGAUGAACGUAUCUUUUCUUUUAUGUACACUGAGAGCAUAUGCACCAAGACAAAUUCCUUGUGAGUCCGAUCACACUUGGCCAAUAAAAUAUUCUAUUCUAUUCUAUUCGAAUAUCCCAACUUUUUCUAUUGUAUGGAGUAUGAAAAGAAACCCGAUUCUGUGUCCUAGGGAGGGACACAGGCGCUGGGAGAUCAGACAAGGAGAAGGUGGCAUGGAUUGGCGCCUGGCUUUUCUUUGUUUUUAUUUUCCAUGUUUUAAUGUGUUGUAUUGUUUUUAAAACAGCUUUUGGGGAGCUGCAGUGAGUUGACUGAAUGAUGGGCAGUUAAAAGAAUGCUUUAAGUGACUCAUUGGGGACCUCUUUGAUCCCCCACUAGGUGCAGAGACUGGGUGUCCCCCAGUUGUCAGGAUAAAGUCCCCCAUUACUAGGCUUUCUCUUCAUCAGCUAAAUCGGCAUCCGCCUUCCUUCAAGCAGCCAGAGGGCGCCUGCACAAGUCCCGAGUCUCGCGUAAAGGUGAGGCAGGGGGGGCUCCCUUUCAUCUUUGGGGUCCGGUCUCUCCUUCGGGGGGCCCCUCCCGCAUUCUGGCAGGCAGAGGUUGAGGGGCCCUUCUGGGACUGGGACUCCCCCCCCAUCCAGGCUCCCUCCCUAGGCAAGGUGGGGGGGCAGAGGUUGGAGGGGCACCCAGGCAGGUAAGAGGCCAAAUGGGCAUUUUCCCCCUUGCAAUACAACUCUGGUAAAUUGGCUGCAAAUAGAGGGAGGAUUUCCCAGAGUCCAGGAGCCCUUCAGAAACCAACCCACCUCUUGGAAGGCACCUUCACUCUGAUAACUGAUGGUAACUGGCAGUUGAGCCUGCAUGGGUGAGGUCAUGAAGCCCUCAGAAUUCCCUCAGAGAUGGCAGGCCUCCCUUGGCCUCCUCCCAAAGCUCACCUGCUCCGCCUUUUCCACACCCACCAAUGCCAGGCAAAUGUCUGAAGGAGGCGACCAAACCAAUCACUCAAGCUGCCCAGUUCUCAUAUUUUUGCCCAAAAGGCAGAUUUUUGGAUAUAGACUGCCUCUGUCAAGGGAAGCUCCACUCUCUCUCUCUUUUUUUUUUUUUUGAGAAAAAAAAUAUUUUUUUUUAAACAAACAAUUCAUCAUUAAUCAGUGUAACAUCUUGGUACAACAUUCAUUUAAAAAUUUAAACAAAGUUUAUCUUUGAACAUUUUUGCCAAUCUUUCUGGUGACAUGUUUUAUAGAUGGCACAUGUCACCGGAUAUAGAUUGGCAAAAAUGUUCAAAGAUAAAUCAGCUAAAUUUUGGAAAUGCCACCAGACAUUGGGAUCGUACUAUCACAUGUGGUGGACAUGUCCAGAAGCGAGAAAUUAUUGGGCACAAUAAUCACAAAAACUGAUACAGCAACACAUUGAUCUUAAGCCGGAGCUGUUCCUGUUGGGUAUCUAACCGGAGAAAUUUAGUAGAGAAAAUACAUAUUUGAUUAUUCAUGUAAUAAAGGCAGCAAGAAUGGUAUUUGCACAAAAUUGGGAAGCAGAAAAAAAUUCCUACAAAGGGAGAGCUAAUUAAGAAAAUAUUAGAAUGUGCAGAAAUGAAUAGAUUAAUAUUAGCAAUUAGUGGGAAGGAGGAAUCGGAGUGUUACAGCAUAUGGGGGCAAUUUUAUCAAUGGAUAGAGACUGAAUAUAGGCAAUAGGCAAUGUAAAAAUAAGAAAUAUGGGGAAAAUUUGUUGCAAUACAUUAAAUUUAAAUGUAAGAGGAAAGAUAAAUAUGUUCUAAGAAAAUGAUGAUACAUGUUGAAUAUGAUGACACGGAAGCUCCACUCAUUAAUGUGGCUCUGGAUAAACUUCUCAUCACACCCU